AUGAGCCCUCCGGUCAACACGAAACAAGACACCCCUCGGGCAAGAGCUUCGAUUUCGCCGGCGUGGACCACCAACUAUACUCAAUACGAUCCUUUCUCGGCCACCAGGCAUGGGUUCAACAACCCUCAAUCACUAUGUUACCGAAACUCUGCGCUUGUGACGUACUUACAUACUCCUGCCUUGCUGAACUGGUUUCAAUAUCACUCUUUACACCAUGAUUGUGGGCAAAAGCUUCGGUGUCCACUUUUUGCGUUUCAGAAUCUGAUCGUGUCUUACUGGUUUGGGAAUAAUCCGCAACAUGAGAUUUGUCUCGACCAUUUCUGGAACAUUCUACUGGAGACAACAUGGAACCCUGCUGUUAGAAAAAUCGAUAUUUAUCAUGAUCACCAGGAUGUGCUCGAAUUUAUGGAAGCGUUUAUCGCGCUAUUCUACGAUCACCUCAGCCUCGACGAACACACAGAAUUAGACUGCAUUUUCAAAACUACAACCAACAAAUAUUAUGCGUGCAAAAAUUGCUCACAUACAGAGCCACUAUCACAGGAUACCUGUACCUUUCUCACUGGCAGAUUUCCAAGCGGGGCUCCCAACCAGACCACCACAAUAGAAGACGCGAUCAUCGAAGGCUUCCAAGAUUCUACUAUUUCUGACGGUUCUAGGAAAUGCCCUCGAUGCAAAGAUGGUUCCCUUUCAUUGCGUGAUCGAAUCAAGGAUCUACCUGAGAUCCUUUUCGUCCAAAUCAACCGACAAGAUCUGUUCGGUGAAAAGCUGAAAUAUCCCAUAUUUUACGAAGAAGAAUUGAUAAUCCCUGAUCAGAUCCGAGGGCAUGAUCUCAAUGACGUCGGAAAGAUUUGGUACGAGCUCUAUGCAAUUAAUCUUCACGUUGGCGACGAGAUCACAAAAGGACACUAUACCUGUGCAGUCAAGGGUCCAAAUGGAAAGUGGACUAGAUUGGAUGAUAAUCGUAAGCUGGAAGAACUGACAUUCUCGCAGCUGCAAUCGUAUAAACACUCCGAAGAGUCUUAUAUAUUUGCCUAUCGAAGACUGCCUCUGCAAGGUGAUUUCAAGGUGGGCGUGAAGGAACUGGCAUCUACGCCCGCCGUCUGUGACAUGAACCCUGUUGAUUCCAACCCUUCAGAUUCACAAAGCUUACAGCCAGACUCGCAAAACUCACAGCCAGAUUUCCAAGCCUCACAAUCAGACUCAGACAGUUCCCAGUCUGAUGGAGGGGUGAGGCUGGAAGAAAUCAUCGAGCUCGACGGCCGCAACAUUGAUUGGACCGUCAACCAUGAUCUGCAUCUCGAUAAAGGCAUUCUUUUAUCUCAGUUUAAGCCCCGCACAAAGACCCAACGUGCGAAUAUACGGCUUGUUUUGACCUCCAAGGAAACCGGUGAAAUCCUCGAAGGAGAGGGCUAUAUCUCGUUGAAACUGAGAGGAACCCAAACAAAGCCCCGGGCUAAAACUCCUACGGUGGCAAAGACACCAUCGAGUACCAAUCCGAACACAGCAUCAGGUAAAGAAGUGAAGCCCCGGGGUAUUACCAAGAGAGCACCAAAGAAAGCACGCACGAAGAAAACGAUCAGCCCUUCGCCUCCAUAUGUCCAACCGGGGGUACGAAGAUCGAAUCGAAAUCGCACGAAGAAAUGA